AUGGAAUUGUACAAUGUCCAGAGGUUUAAUCACCAUGCUGUGCCACUGCCAACACCAAGCUACUUGGAUAAAAAAUGGCAAACAAUCGUAGUAUCAGCACACCUCUUGUGGCAAAAUGCAGUACCUGUAAUCAGAAGUUCGGAUCAGUUGACGACCUUCGAGUUCACCAGCAAUGAUGCCAAAAAUUUCAAGAAGCCAAACCAAAACGGAUUAGCAAAGCUGAAAAAGCAACCAAAGCGAAUUAGCAAAGUUGAAGGUUUCUCUUGGGAUGCACCAGAAGAUCUUCACAUUCACUUCUCAGCUAUUUUCUUGUACCCUGCGGCCCACGAAGUCCGAAUAGUCGGUUCACAUAUCUGCCGGCGUGCUUUACUUUCUAGCGGCAAUGUGAACUUAUGCAGGUCCCAGUGGAGGGUAUUCUGGCUGGGGGAACGCCGCUUUUGUGGCUACGCCGUUGAGCAGUUUUCUGAUGACGAAUACGAAUGCGAUUACGAGUCCCAUCCGGCAUCAUCAUCAGUUGCCAACAUUGACGAGUGGAAAUGGAAACUUAGCUUACUAUCGCGCAGAGAGGAACAAGAAGUUGUAUCUAGAGAUAAAAGGGAUAGAAGAGACUAUGAGCAAAUAUCUAACCUCGCCAAAAGGAUGGGCCUAUACAGUGAAAUUUAUGGGAAAGUAGUGGUUAUAAGCAAGGUUCCUCUUCCGAACUACAGACCAGAUCUUGAUGAUAAGCGGCCUCAAAGGGAGAAUAGGUUCAGGAAUCUCUUUGGGCAUUUACCUUAUAACAGUUGCCUUACAAGCAAUAUUUACCUUUCCUUUUUGGUUUCAAUUGAUGAUUUACGUUUUUCUCAUUCAAUCCUUUUACUUGGGAAUGUUUGUCCUGAUGGAAUGCAGGAGUCACCUGAAGGCCACAAAAUGAUAGGUUUUCGGAAAUCUCUUCCAUCAUUUAAGGAAAAAGAAAGGUUGCUUCAAGCAAUUGCUUGCAAUCAGGUUGUGGUAAUUUCUGGUGAGACUGGAUGUGGUAAGACUACCCAACUCUCUCAGUACAUUUUGGAAUCUGAAAUUGAAUCUGGUCGUGGUGCAUUCUGUAGCAUAAUUUGCACGCAGCCUCGAAGAAUAUCUGCAAUGGCUGUUGGAGAAAGAGUGGCUACAGAGAGGGGUGAACCUCUUGGAGAAUCUGUUGGUUAUAAAGUGCGAUUGGAGGGGAUGAAAGGAAAAAAUACACAUCUUCUCUUUUGUACAAGUGGUAUUUUGCUACGGCGGCUAUUGAGUGAUCGCAAUCUUGAUGGUAUUACCCAUGUCUUUGUUGAUGAGAUUCAUGAGCGAGGCAUGAAUGAAGACUUCUUACUGAUUGUGCUAAAGGAUCUUCUUCCAAGACGGCGAGAUUUGAGACUGAUUUUAAUGAGUGCUACUCUUAAUGCUGAUUUAUUUUCCGGUUAUUUUGGAGGAGCACCAACGAUUCACAUUCCAGGCUUCACAUACCCUGUAAGAGCUCAUUUUCUUGAAGAUGUACUGGAAACGACAGGAUAUAAGGCUGUCUUGUGUCAUAUAUGUCGAAAGGAGAGACCAGGUGCUGUGUUAGUAUUUAUGACUGGUUGGGAAGAUAUUAGCUGUUUGAGGGAUCAACUUAAAGCUCAUCCCCUCUUGGGUGACCCCAACAGAGUAUUGGUGCUUACAUGCCAUGGUUCAAUGGCAACUUCAGAGCAGAAACUCAUAUUUGAGAGGCCACCUCAAAAUGUUCGGAAAAUUGUACUUGCUACAAAUAUGGCUGAGGCGAGUAUUACUAUUAAUGAUGUAGUGUUCGUAGUCGAUUGUGGAAAAGCAAAGGAGACAACUUAUGAUGCACUCAAUAAUACACCUUGUUUGCUACCUUCGUGGAUAUCACAAGCCUCUGCUAGACAGAGAAGGGGUAGGGCUGGUCGUGUGCAGUCAGGCGAGUGCUACAACUUGUACCCACAAUGUGUUUAUGAAGCUUUUGCAGAGUAUCAAUUACCUGAACUUCUAAGAACUCCUCUCAAUUCUCUUUGCCUGCAAAUAAAGAGUUUGCAAGUUGGAAGUAUUGCAGAAUUUCUCUCUGCAGCUCUUCAACCACCAGAACCAUUGGCUGUAAGUAGUUACUCUUCUUUAUGUCGUGUGAAAUGUUUCAAAUGUUACUAGAGAUCCAUGCUAUAUGUGAAAUAUUCUUAUUUGGAAAUUUUAAUGUUCAAAUGUUAAAUAUUAUGUGCUAAUAGUUUUUA